AAUGCAACACGUCAAAUUGCACUGACAAGUGUUUUGAUUGCUUAUGUCUUUGACCUGAAUGCAGGUAGAAAAUUAGCACGUUCUGUCUUCCUACCUAAUGGACCAAUCGUGGAUUUUCUCAUUGGAUUGGUUAAACAGAUAGUGGUAUCAUAUUGUCAUUCUCUAGUUUUCUACUGUUGGUAGAAUGAGUAAUAAUGAAGAGGAGAACGACUCUUUGACUUUAUCUCCCGUCUGGAAAUCUUAUCUCUACCAAUUACAGCAAGAAGCCCCAACAGCCAUUGCCAUACCUUGCUGCUCUAAUCAAGAGGAUACUAACAAACCCCAUUACUUUGAUGAUGAAUAUCAUGGGUCCAUUUCAAAUCAAGAAACAAAAAAAUUGCUCCAAAAAGAUGGUCAUUUUCUUGUCAGAGAGAGCGGUAAAAACAGGGGACACCACACAUUAAGCCUUAAAUUCAAUGGUGAAUUGAAGCAUUACAGAUUAUAUUUUGAUGGCCAAUUUUUUGUUGGUGAAAAGAAAUUUGACUUACUGUUAGAUCUGGUUACUGAUGGCCUUAUCACAAUGCAUUUAGAAAUAAAAGCUGGUGAUUACAUUCAUCUCAUGUGUCGAGCUGCAAGUUAUGAACAAAGCCCUUAUUUCACUCUGAACGAGAGGAAACGUCGCACCCUGAGUCUUGGUCGUAAUAGACCAUCAUUUGUACGGCCUAUCUCAAAUGACAUUCAUUACGACAAAGCCCACGUCUUUCGAAUUCAAAACUUUAAAGGGUUGCAUUGGUGCGAUUUUUGUGGAAAUUUCAUGUGGGGCAUAAUUGCGCAAGGAGUUCGAUGUGAAGACUGUGGACUCUCAGCCCACAGGAAGUGCUCUGAAAAGAUUCCUGCCGACUGCUGCCCGGAUCUGAAACUUCUGAGAGGGGUUUUUGGGGUGGAUUUGACGACGCUUAACAAAGCGCAUGGAAGUACGCGGAUACCAUUCCUAGUUGACAUGUGUGUUAAUGAGAUUGAAAGACGAGGUCUCUGUUCCGAGGGAAUUUACAGAGUCUCCGGUUUGAGAGAUGAUGUUGAAGCUCUGAGAGUAACUUUCGACAGAGAUGGUGACAAGACAGAUCUCGGACCUUCGUCAUGGGAAGAUAUCAAUGUUAUAGCUGGUGUUCUGAAAUUGUAUUUCCGUCUUCUACCUAUCCCGUUAAUUGCUUUUCAGGUGUACCCACUUGUGAUGACCGCUGCAAAAGAGCCUGACGAAAACCGCCGUUCGCAACGAAUAAAAGAUGCUGUACAACUACUUCCCCCUGCUCAUUACAACUCACUGAAGUAUCUCAUCUUCCAUUUACAUAGGGUAGCAGAAAACAAAGAAAAGAACAAGAUGUCUUCCUUAAAUCUGAGUACAGUUUGGUGCCCCACCUUAUUUCCGGGACCUGAUUUACAAGAAAUUAACAGUACCGGAUCGAUACCAGACUUUCAUCUUGAAGCUACUUGUCUGGAUGUUAUGAUCAGACAACCCCUCUUGAUCUUUUCGAGCGUGUAACUGCCUCGUUACCUGACAUUUUCCGAUCUUGCCUCAGUUAUUUAUGUUCUGACCACUAGUCUGAAGCAUUGGGUUAUGUGUGCAUUAACUAUCCUUCAAACUUCCAAGCCACUUCCAAUACAAGUUUUACACGUGUAA